CACAGUCAAAGCCCAUCUGAAGAGAUUGCUCAAGAGCGUCUUGCUGGACCGGCGGGAUGACCGCGAUGGACCGAGCCUUUGUCGGCCUCCUGCUCCUGCAGGGCUUCACCACCACCGGGGCAAAGUACGUCUUCGUGGACCAAAAAAUGAGCUGGUACGACGCUCAGAGCUACUGCAGGGAGUUCCACACUGACCUGGCUCCGGUUAUCAAUGAUAUCCAACUCCAGGAACUCAGGGAAAUCAGCGGCUACGUGUCUCAAUUCUGGACCGGACUUGUGAGGAACUUCACGGACCGAGAGGAAUGGAUGUGGUCAGGGGGCGGCAGGGCUUCCACCGCUCCCUGGUCGCCCGGUCAGCCGAACGGCCGGCCGAAUAACGACUUUGGUAUGAUGAUCCACUACAGGAUUCACAAUGAAAACAAAGAACACGAGGUGUUCUUCUUUUGCUACGAGGCCAUCGUUGUGAGGGAGCGAGUGAGCUGGGAGGAAGCUUUGGAACACUGCAGGGAGCAACACAACCACCUGGCCAGCCUGGCGUCGAGGACAGAGACGCUGCUCGUCCAGAGGGAACUGGAGAAGAACUUCUCCACCCAAUAUGUCUGGAUGGGUCUGCGUUAUUUCCCGGGGGGUUGGCGCUGGGUGGACGGGGAGCCAUUGGCGUACAAAGGCUGGGUUGGUGAGGAGCCUUUAUGUCCGGCACUCAGACUGAAGUGUGGCGCUCUGAAGGUGAAGGGGAGGAUGCCGAGUAUUGAUACUGACUCCAGUGUUUCUUUUGAUUCCAAUGACACAAUAACAGGAGAACGUUUGGGGACAGACACUGUGUUUUUGAAAGAAUCCGUGUGGGAAGCUUGGGACUGCGAGCAGAGGCUUUAUUUUAUUUGCUCCUGAAAAAGCUUAAUGUAUUUUUUAUUGAUGGAGCAGUUUUCAAAUCUUUAUUUAUGUUUAACCUUCACUUAAUGCAGGGGUCGGGAACCUUUAUGGCUGAGAGAGGCAUGAAAACCAAAUAUUUUAAAAUGUAUUUCCGUGAGAGCCAUAUAACAUUUUUUAACACUGAAUACAACUAAAUGUAUGCAUUUUUAAGUAACACCAACAUGUUUUGAGUAUAACUAGUCUUGUAUUCUUUUUAAUAACAUUGUUAUUCUGAAGCUAACCAAUAAUAAAUAAAAUACUUCUUACAAUUAAUGCGACUUCUUGAACAGGUGCGGUAGAAAACGGAUAGAUGGAUUAAAAAUGCAGGCGAAUGUUUUAAUUUUUUGAACGUUUUUUUUUAACUCUGAUUGCUAGUGGAAUUAUUAAUUUCUUAUCGUGUUAAGCAAUGUUAGCUAAGAUUAAUCUGAGAGCCAGAUGCAGUCAUCAAA